CAUGGUUGAGCCUGACAGUGACGCUCCAAAGUGAUGGUUUGGUGUGGAUCUGCGUAGUUUUGGUCAGCAAGGAGGAGUGAGGUUAAUAUGAAGCAGCAGGCUGGUCACCAGAUGUUAAUAUUGACUCGGCACUAGAAGCCUUAAGAGAACAUGCCUUUCCUAAUUACAUCAUGAAAACAAAUUCAGCGUUUUUAACCCGUGAUCCAAGUGUUGUCAUGGGACAAGUCACUGAAAUCUUCCAAAAGAAGAAUAGCCAGUUUUAAAUCAGAUGUUGCACAUUCUUCCUGGCUCUCACUCCCUGGAGGACACGAGGUUGCCUUCUUUGUGAUAAAUGAACGCGGCCUCCAAAACUGUCACUGGAGCUUACGUUUCAAAGGAGAGCACAUAUGAAUUUGUUUCUAAAAUUGUCCUAAUAUCCAAAUUCUAUUGAUUUCCUUUUUCUUUAUCAGCAUGUCAGACUGUUAAUAAAAGCUUAAGAUAACUUGCAAUGGCUAUACUAAUAGACUCUUGAUAUAAUUUUUUUCUUUAAAUCUGUCAAAUGUGACAGUUCUGACUUACUGAAUGGGGGUUCCAAAUUUGUGGGCUCAAUUAAAGCUUCCACAUAAAUAAGUCAAGUUGUAAGUGGGACUACAAAGGUGUCAUAUGAGUUUAGUCUCUUUAUGUCACCCUAUGUUUGCUUCUGAUUGGCUGAUUAGUUCUACACGUCAACAGUAAUCAUGGAGGUGAAUGUUUCCAAGAAGCUGAAUUUAAGAAGAACUUAGAAAUCCAGUUGGGUUACAUGCAUUUUUGCUUGCAUCACAUGUUACGGAUUUUUGUUUACAAUUCCUGCAGGACCUUGUGUUUUUCCUCUGUACAACCCAUAAAGACUCCAUCAGCUUGACCCAGUAAAUUGAUCAAGAGGAUUGUUUCCCUUAAAUAUUGUUUAUUUGAUUCUGUAAUGAUCUAAAAGCACUCCUUCGGGCAUCCAAAGUCAGAAGAGGUCACCACUGGAUGACCUCCAGUCUUAAUGUGACUGAAGUUUUUAGGGUCAGUUUAAUCCAUCUAUCCCAGACUGGAUCCACAAAAGUUAAACAGUCCAUAUUAGACCAAACAUGGUACUUUUACGUUUUGUGGUAUUUCUGGUGGUGCUUAUUUUUAUAUAAAGAGUUGCUUCAGAUUUAUUUUUGAUACUUUAAGAGACUGGAGACUGGUUACAAAGAUGUUGCCAAACAGUCUAAUUUGUAAAAUCCAGCUUGAUAAGAAUAACAAAAACAAUACUGCGGUGACCGACAUCACCGAAGGGUCAAGCGCCUUGGACAGUUUCAUCAGUGUUGCAUCAGUAUUUUUCCAAAGGGAAGUCAUUAAUGGUUGUCUCCUGACUUUUAUUUCUAUUCUCCAGGUGCUGUCCAAACAAGCGUCCCUUGUUGUAAAUCAGUUGUCUUAAUUACUUUCAAGAGGAACAAAGACAUGCAGUGACUAAUUGGUCAUUAACUCAUUCCACUGGAGGGUUUCUGGUGGAAAAGUACAAAUUCAUCUUGACAAACAGCUAACAAUUGGAAAGUUUCAGAGAUUUUUUAAAAUCCAGUUGCUGCAAUACAAGUCAUUAACAAUAGGGAUAUAUUAAUCAAAUUUUCCUGCAAUAAAAAGUCAAGGGCCACAAAAGGCUGAACCAGUUUUUAUUGAACUUUCAAUCUGAUGUGGUCGUAAUGUUUUGACCAAAACCUGGAUCUUUAAAUGAAAGAAACAACAUAGAAAUUGAUUUUGAUCACAUGAUCAGUUAGAUUAGUGGAUUCUGUAUAAUCUUGAUUUUUGAAAAUGUCUCUCUUUUACGGACUGGAUAAUUAUAAAUGACCAAAAUAAAGGCAACUUAAGUGAAUGUGUUAAGUGUGUUUUGUUUAGUAUUAUAUACUAAUUAAAAGCACCGGAAAGCAUUAAACAAUACAGAAUCAAAGCCUAACUGUCCAACUCAGGAACAAGCUGGCCCACAUUUAUGCAGCAGCUCUGAAAAUAAUCAGCUUAGGAGAUUACGAACCCAUGCAGGCUACAUAUGAACAAGCAAUGAUAAGAACAGCAGAAAUCAUAUCCCCUGACUAUAGACCCCUACUGCUCUCUGAAUAUGAGCGGUAGGGGUCAUUAGGAUGGAGGCUGAGGGUGCCACAGUGUAGGUAGGACCAACUGACUGUCAUUUGUUUAAGCCUCAAUCAGACUGCGGAGCUCCAGUAAAAACUUUCACUCCACAUAUUAUACCCUCAAUUUGUUGCAUUGUUGAAUGCUUUGAACCAGAGUUUUAUCGUUGUGUGUUGUUUACAGUUUUCAUUGGCAACUGUGUAGCAUUUUGACCACGACAGAUUUCACACUGGGAAGAUAUUCUAUUCCAUUUCCCAGCCUGGAACAAUUUAGCAAAAAAAAAAAAAAAAAAAAUACAUACAAGGGUUAUUGGAGCCAAAUGUGUGUAUUUUUGGUUUUGGUCACUAGAUGGGGCUGUCGGCUCCAGUAUAUGAACCAAGAGGUCACGGGUAGUUGAGAGGUGUUGAAUCCGGAAGGGCAUACAAGUUUUUGACCGCUGUGGCGGAGUCAUUGUUAAUACUGUUCCCGUGUAUCUUGGAAUAAAUGUAUAUUGAUCACAUAUGGUUCAUCUGAUUGGAACAAAUUUGGACAACAAGAAGAUCUCUGGGACUGACUUUACACACGAUCAACAGGUACAACGUUAGCCGCUCAGCGCGUCAUAACAAGCAGCAACGGGUCAACGCUUAACUAGUGCAGUGUUAAACUGGCACUUAUAAGGGUUUCCCCCAGAAAACUUGCUAAGCUCAACGGUAGGGGGCACGAGGUCAGUCCAUUAGCGGCCCACUGUGUUUUUGUGUUAAAAGUUACAACAAUUCUAACAUGCAUGAGCAGACAUCAUAUUUUGGGAACUUAUGCCAGUUCAGUGCAUAUGAACCUAGCUUAAUCCGUCUUUACUGGUAGUGGUGUAUAAAAAGCCCAAUUUAAAAUAAGCAAACUAUGCUUAGCCCCAUAGAGGUUAGUGGGGGGGGGGGGCAAGUAAAGCCUGGUAGCCCGCCAGGCUUAUAAUCCUCUGGGGGAAACCCUGCAUACAACACCCCAGCAUGUUGAUUCCCAAAAAGCUGCAACCUUUUUAAAUUUUUUUUAGUAAAUGUCACAUAUUAGUGAAGAACUCAAAUGCAGCAAGGAGGCUGGCAGGUGAAAAUAAACAAUUUUACUUAAGAAAUAAAAAAAAAAAACUAAUGUCCACCAAUGGUUCCAAAAUAAUAACCCACAAGAAGACCUCAGAAGGAGCCAGAAUUAUGGUAAUAACAGAAUGGUCAGACCAAAAGUUAACAACCUUAGCUUUUAAGAUAAGGAGAAUUGAUUACAAAACAAUGAGCAGGUGGCUGAUUAGAAACUGGGUGCAGCUGUGAGGGAAGGAAGAACCCAAAGUUGAACUGCGGAAACAGGAGAAAGGGCUGGUAGAGCAUACAGGGAACAGCACCUUAAUCUAUCACCAAAUUAAAGCAAAACCCAAAAUUUAAAUCAGUCAAAUUGUGUGGUACUCCAGGCAAAGGUGUGUAAAACGUCUAUAAAUAAAUUGGUCUUUCAUUGCAGUGCUGUGAUUUCACACAAAAAUGUGUAAUUUUAUUAUAUUUAAAUAGUCAAAUAAAAAAUAGAUUCUUCUUUCUUUUGUCAUCAUUGCUUUGAUUUUUAUACAACUCUUGUUUUAAAAACAAUACCAGUAUGCUUCACAAAAACAACAAAUUUGUCAUUUUGAUGCAUUAAUUGUAGCUAAUGUAUAACGUGUAGAUAAUUAUUGAGUCUCAGUUUAGGAUAACCAGUUCGAUAAAAGAAUAAAUUACUUGUACAUAGAUGAUGUAAUGUUUUAUGUUUUGGUCUCGGAGGAACAAAACUAGUGCUUACGUGCUGUGAAGUUAUUGGUGCACAGGUGAAGAGGAUGUGACUCUAUCUCACAGCAGAACAAAUAUAAAGCUGCGGUUUUACUGCUCAGUGCACUUAAAUGCCAUUCAGACCCAUUCAUGUAAACACAUUUAGGUCACCAACUCAGAUAAAGUUGUUUCAACAUGAAUUUCUCUCUUGUUACAUCGAUUUAUCUGUCUGCUUACUAUGGAAUGGAAGAGCUCAAGUCCAUGUAUUUCUGCAUUUUCUUCAUCGUAUACCUCACCAUCAUCACCGAGAAUGUCUUGCUGAUCAGGGUGGUUUAUUGUGAAAAAUCCCUGCAUCAGCCAAUGUAUGUGCUUUUGUGUAAUUUGGCCGUGAAUGAGCUGGUAGGAAGCACCGCCUUGCUGCCGGCGACGCUGAUCAACAUUCUCUCUCACACACACGAGGUUUCUAUUUCUUUUUGCCAGACGCAGGUCUUUGUUAUACACACAUAUGCCGUCACCGAAUUCACUAUUCUCGCGGUGAUGAGCUACGACAGAUACGUAGCCAUUUGUCAUCCACUGUCCUACCAGGUGAUCAUGUCUCAGAGGAUAGUGAAGCUGAUUGUUUUUAUGUGGCUUUACCCCAUGCUGGCACUAAGCGUGGUUUUUGUUUUUACUCUUCAGCUGCCAUAUUGUGGCCGGACCAUAGAGAAGCUUUACUGCCUCAACUACUUGCUUGUGCAGCUUGCAUGCACAAAUACAUUUAUAGUUAACAUCAUCGGUCUGCUGUCUGCGGCUCUCUACACGGCUCCUCAGCUGAUCAUGAUCUUUUACUCAUACGGACACAUCCUGAAGAUUUGCAUAAUGUCGUUUGGCAAAUCCAAAUUCAAGGCCCUCCGUACUUGUAUUCCCCAUCUACUGGCUGUAAUCAACUACGCCACUGGGUGCUUUUUUGAGCUGGCACAAGGUCGUCUCGACAACAGGCACAUGUCUUAUCACACUAAGCUGUUUUUGUCACUGUACGUUUUGAUAUUCCCACCGCUCCUAAAUGCACUAAUAUACGGCUUGGGCACACAAAUAAUAAGAGUCCGACUCAUCAAGCUUUUCACCAAGUGCAAGUGACGUAGUCAAGAUAUUUUAGAUUUGGGUUCAUUAAAUAUGCAUCCAGCAUGGUGUUCAGAAGUCCUCAAAAUGUGGCUUUAUUGUCGGGCUUAUGUUUACAGCAGUCUGAAUUCAUGUUAAAUAAGCUUGUUUGUUUAUCUUUGAGUGCUGUUAAUCUUGCUGGUUUUUAAAUGUUUAUCCACAGUUUAGUUUUAUUUCAGUAGAUGCACAAAUGCUUUUAAAAACACACUAUCCCCUCUGAUAUUUAGCCAAAGUUUUACAUCCUAUUCAUAAUUUUUGCUGCUUUGAGCUCUACAUAGAACAACGAUUUUGUGAUUUUAUCUCACGAAGCUUGUAUCAAAAAUAACACAAUGCUUAUGUUUACGUUUGCAAAAUGUUUUCUGGGAUUAUUUAACAAUAAAGUCGAAUUUUUUCCAUGCUUGAAGUGAUAUUUCAGUUUCUGCCCUUCUCCUUUUGACUUUUUAUAGAUAUUAUUAUUAUCACAGAACCAUCUACAACCUGUUAAAAAAAUUCUUUACUAAUUAGCAAAGUCUGAUAUAAUUAAAAACUACAGGGUACUUUAUUUUCCAGAGAAAUCUGACUAUCUCUCUCAAAACUAAAGUCUGUUUCAAGUUUAUUCAGUCUUAAAAUUAGAUUUUCUGUCCUCCAAGUUAGAAAAUGUGUUCCCUUAAAAGUCCUGACAUUAUCGAAAAUGAUAAAUGUCACAGAGUAGGAAGCUCAGAUUAGAAAAAGAGGAAAGAAGAAAACAGGCUAAUGUUAUCGUCACAAUAUUUAUCAAUAUUACUGCAAUUGCAAGAUCUUUCAAUAUUGUGCUGACCUAACUGUGAUAACUAAUUCCAAUAUAAUCAUUUAUUUGAAAUCUAAGGGUCAAUAUUGGGAUUCUAAAAAUAAAAUGUAUUUUUAUAAUACUGUGUAUUUUCUCAUUCUAGGUUAUUAAUUAAAAUUUUAUUCUACAUCUGUUAAGCAACAGGAUUUUUGUCAGUUUCUCUUUGACCUGAAUGAGAUAAAACAACAAGCCUUGUUUAUGCCUGUACCAUAUUUUAAUCAAUAGAAAAAAAAAAAUGUAGCUACAAUAUGGCACAGGUGUGCAAUAUGAGUCAGCUUCAAAUGGCAUGGUAAUGUACUUUAGUCUCACAGAGCAUGCUUCUCCAUUAAACACUUACUAAAUACAAUUUUUUUUAUGGUUAACAUUAAGAGAAAAAAAAAAAAUCACAUUUCUGGGCCAGUGCCU